GCAGUGGUGGCGCGGUUCCGUCCGCAGAACAAGAUCGAGAUAGCCAGCGGUGGAGAGCCCAUCGUCGACUUCAAUUCGGAUGACACAUGUACGAUCCAGUCGAAAGAGAAUGCCGGGGCUUUCACCUUCGAUCGCGUCUUUGACAUGAGCUCGCGGCAGGCCGAUGUCUUCGAUUACUCUAUCCGCCCGACCGUCGACGAUAUCCUGAACGGAUACAAUGGCACGGUAUUUGCCUAUGGCCAGACUGGAGCGGGAAAGUCGUACACCAUGAUGGGAACCGACAUCGACGACGAUGUAGGCAAGGGUGUGAUUCCGCGUAUCGUCGAGCAGAUAUUCGCCAGUAUCCUGGCGUCACCAAGCAACAUCGAAUACACCGUUCGCGUCAGCUACAUGGAGAUCUACAUGGAGCGCAUUCGCGAUCUUCUGAUGCCGCAGAACGAUAAUCUACCGGUACACGAAGAGAAGAACAGAGGUGUAUACGUUAAGGGUCUGCUGGAAGUCUAUGUCUCGAGCGUCGAAGAGGUAUACGAGGUCAUGCGAAGAGGUGGAAAUGCGCGAGCGGUCUCGGCGACAAACAUGAACGCGGAAUCCUCGCGGUCACACUCUAUCUUCGUGAUUACUGUCACGCAGAAGAACGUCGAAUCAGGGUCAAUGAAGAGCGGACAACUGUUCUUGGUCGAUCUGGCUGGUUCCGAGAAGGUCGGCAAGACAGGCGCCAGCGGACAGACGCUAGAGGAAGCAAAGAAGAUUAACAAGAGUUUGAGUGCUCUGGGCAUGGUCAUCAACUCUUUGACAGACACCAAAACUUCGCAUAUUCCUUAUCGAGAUUCGAAACUCACUCGUAUCCUGCAAGAGUCACUCGGUGGUAACUCGCGAACGACGCUUAUCAUCAAUUGUUCGCCAAGUAGUUACAACGAUGCCGAAACUCUAGGCACUCUACGGUUUGGUAUGCGCGCGAAGGCAAUCAAGAACAAAGCCAAAAUCAACGCGGAACUGAGCCCUGCUGAGCUCAAGCAGAUGCUCAAGAAGGCACAAGGAAAAAUCACGUCUUUCGAGACCUAUGUUGGCGCGCUAGAGGGUGAGGUUUCACUCUGGCGUGGGGGUGAAGCUGUUCCAAAAGAGAAAUGGAUACCAUCGUUGGAACCCAGCACCACUUCUGCAAAACGACCGCCGUCCGCACCGCGUACCUCCACACCGUCACGAUUGGAUGCUACGAAGAGCUCUGAAACACCGUCCCGACCAGACUCGAGAAUGGACUUGGACCGCGCGGGUACACCCAGUAUACCUUUAGAUAAGGACGAAAAGGAUGAGUUCUUGAGAAGAGAGAAUGAGCUGUCAGAUCAGGUCACAGAGAAGGAACAACAACUCGCCAAGAUUCAAGAUCAGCUCCAAACGACCAAAGAUGAACUGCAAUACUACAAAGAGCGGGACACCAAGACAAACAAGGAAAGUGAGAACGUUGCGAAAGAGCUCAACGAGGUGCACAUGCAGGUUGAGAAGUUCCGGUUUGAGAGCAAGGAGAUGCAAAUCAGUAUGGAUGCGCUCAAGGAGGCAAACGCUGAACUCACGACUGAACUCGAUGAAUACAAACAACAACUCCUGGAAGCAAAGAUGAACGCAAAGGAGACUGGCGCUGCCAUGGACGAGAAGAAGCGGAAGAAGGCCGAGGCUAUGGCGCAGAUGAUGGCUGGCUUCAACCUUGGCGGUGAUGUGUUCAGCGAU